AUGUCUCGUGGAAGCAGCGCCGGAUUCGAUCGUCAUAUUACCAUCUUCUCUCCAGAAGGACGUGUUUAUCAGGUCGAGUAUGCCUUCAAAGCAAUCAACUCUACCAAUCUGACGGCUGUCGCAGUCAAGGGAGCUGAUGCAGCUGUCAUUGCCGUUCAAAAGCGUGUUCCAGACAGUCUCAUCGUCGCUGAUACCGUCACUUCGGUUUAUCAAAUCUCUCAGUCUGUUGGAUGCUGCGCCAUUGGAAUGAUCCCGGAUGCUAAAUUCCAAAUCAAGCGUGCACAGGGAGAAGCUGCUAGCUGGAAGUACAAGAACGGCUACGAUAUGCCAUGCGAGCUUCUCGCCAAAAAGAUGGCUGAUCUCAACCAGUAUUACACACAAAAUGCGGAGAUGCGUAGUUUGGGAUGUGCUCUUUUGUUCAUUUCCUACGAUGACGAGAAAGGACCAGAAGUUUAUCGUGUUGACCCCGCUGGAUACUACCGUGGUAUGAAAGGAGUAUCUGUUGGAGUGAAACAACUUCCAGCGACCUCAUUCUUGGAAAAGAAAAUUAAGAAGAAGUCCGAAUUGACAUCCACAGAAGCUAUUGAACUCGCCAUUGAGGCUCUUCAGACUUCAUUGGGAAUCGACGUUCGUUCCAAGGAUCUUGAGGUUGUCGUUGUCACCAAGGAUAACUCCAAAUUCACCAAGCUAACCAGCGAUCAGGUCGAACAUCAUCUCAAUCAAAUCGCCAACCGAGAUUAAAUAUUCAUCGACCUUUGUAUUUAAAUAUUUCCCGUUUCAAUUGAUCCGGUACCCAAAUUGAAUUAAAUACCUGGUUUCCCUUUUCUAAAUUUAUUUAUUGUUUUCUUUACUCCCUGUUUCUCGGUCUUUUUUAUCAUUGCCCUCCGCCCCUUUCUCUUUUGAAACUAUUUAUUUAUCACUAAAAAUCAUGAUAAAAUGAUUUUUG